UGAUGAUGACUUUUUCUGGGUGUCUGGCAAUUUUGAAGACCAGCAAGCCCAGAUCCCUGGCCGAAGUAUAAACUGGAAUAAAGGAGAACCUGGUAUAAUUACUUCGGUUUGUUGGCAUGCUUUGUUUUAUUUCGGUUACCCGUUCCUGAUCCGAACUAACAGUUUGUCUUCUUUAUGCAGAUUCAGCCCAUCUUCAAUCCUUGUAUAGUUACUCCAACCUGAACACUAUCCGCGCUGCACUACGUUUUCCAGAAAGAAGUUGGGCCAAACUUCUAAAUUUCGAACCGACAUACAGAUACAGCGGCCGCCAAAAAGCCAAAGUAACUGACUUUUUGUUGGAGGACGCCCCCGAACCGGACCCAACCUUGCCACAAAUUAACCUAAUCCCAUUGACUGCUGAAGAAGAAAUGGCCAACAGAAACAGAGUCAGGGCCCUCUUGACCGAGACAAACCGAGCCGAAGUACCACCAUCCAACCAGACUCAGGAAACAGUGGUGGCCCUUCCAUCUCUACAACCUUCUUCAUCACGCCGAAAUAAGUGCGCCCAUACUACCCAGACCGAACAACGCUUAGUUGAUGAAGACGAAACCACUCUGCCGCCAAGCCCUCCACCGAGCUUGCAACCGGAGCAUGCCGAUCGAGCCAGCUCUUCCAAAUGGGCACCUAAAUUGACUUUCUAGAACCGUGAUAUUCAGGACACUGAUUCAGUUGUCGCUGAAAAAGACCAUCUGAUGGCUUUCAACCUUGCCAAGAGUGUGUGCCUCCCAACUGACAUGGAGCACCACAAGAACUUGACCAAGCUAAAGUCCAUCCGCUCGUCCACGAAAUCCAUGAUCCUGGCCGUGCAAAAGAGCCAAAUUGCGCAUAAAAAGGUGUUGGAGCUCAGGAACACAGCAAGGCCAGCCAUGGCAGAGGUUGAAGCAAAAACAACCGAACUGAAGGAGUCCUACCAGAAAACAGCCGAGCUAGAGGCCGAGGUAGCUCGUCUGACCGGACUAGUUACCUCGGCCGAUGCAGACAAACAGAAGGCCCUAACUGUGAUGAAGGAUAAGUACCUUCGUGAGUUAGUCAAGCUCGAAGGUAAGAAGGACACCGAGAUAACGGAGCUGAAGAAGAAGGCAGAAGACGCCGAGCUCCGGGGUUUCAAGGAGGGUGAAGCCCUUUAUAUCAAACAAUGUGAAGCAGCAAAGGAUUUAUUCUUCAAGUGCGGCUGGAGAGGUGCUGUGGAGCAGCUCGGUUGUGGGCCCGAAACCGAGGUUUACAAUGCUCCUCAGUAUUUCAUUUACCAUACAUAUCAACAAGAGCACUGUUGAUACACACAUUUGAAUUGAAACCCAUUUGAAUUGAAACCCAUUUGAAUUGAAAUCACAUUUAUGGUCGUUGUUUGAUUUAACUAAUUCUAACAAUUAUAGAUUUUUUUAAUUUUUUUUUAUUAUAUAAUUUUUAGAAAAAUUACAAGGUCUUCUUCUGUAAGUUAUCAGCUAACUGAAAUUAAUAUUACCUCUGGUCAAAAGCACACCAACCCCUAUCAUUAACCUUUGUUCACCCAAACCAAACUGACCUUAAUCUUUCUCAUACAAUUAACAUUGUCUUUCUUUCCAAACCCACACUUUCUUGCUAAAUUGCUACCACCUCCUUUUUUUAUCUCUCCGCAGCCUCUUCCACAACCAUUGCUAACCAUGAACCAUGUACCAGCCUCAAGCACCACUUUCCUAUGAACCAUCAUCGUGGAACUCUCCUUCCCUCAUCAUCCCCAUGACUUACCUACAUAUCAACAAGAGUCUAGGGUUUUCUGAAAGUUAGGGUCAAAUGGAUCUUGAAUUGUUGUGAUAUGAUGCAAACUCAAUUGUUGUGAAAAAUUUGCAUUGACUGGCUGGUGGUUUGAUGAAAAACCAAAUCCCUCCAUUGGAGCAGGCGAUAUCAAAGAGUGUUUAGUCAAAUUUGAUGAAAAAGUAAUGCACCGUUGGAGAUGUCCUAAUGCCUCUGAAUCUGAAGUGGGAUGUCAGUUGUUUACCUCUUGCCUAUCACAGCAAUCAAACAGAACAUAAUCAAUUAGUCUUUCUAAUCAAUCACUUCAAUAAAAAUCAAAUUCUUUGCGUAUUAAUGUAUUACAUUCUGUGUUAAAAUUGUCUUGCCCACUACGGAAUUCAAUGCAUUCAAUGAGGAAGAUCGACUUGGCAAGCAGUGGAUUUCAUCGAUGGGCAAAUUUGGAGAGAACGAAACUAUAAAAAUCGAGGCUACAAUGUUUGAUGGGUCUGUUAUAGUUUCAAAAUCUGGUGAUGAUAGAGUUCUUUGUCUUAGACUUACAUGAACCUAAUUUUUAGCUAUGGCAUUCUUUCCUUUUCCUCACGUGAUCUAGCAUAUCAUUGGUUUGGCUCGUUAGGGAAUAAACUAUUUUAGUAAUUUUUUGACUUUUUAUGAAAAAAAUGUGCAAAAAGUAAAGACAUGUGACAAUGUAUGGUGACUUUUUGAUUAAAAUAUUUAGUCCCCAAACAAGGUAAGGCUUGGUAGACUUAUUUUGAGACCGAUUUUAAUUAUUUGAAUUGUUCACGUUUUAUGGCUAAUUGAGUAGAAUAUUUUUACAAAAAAUAAAGAUGAUUCCAUAUAAGUAGCUAUAUGUUUGAAUUGUAUUUUUUUUAUAUAAAAAUAAACUACAAAAAUGAUUUUAAGAAUAGUCAUUUAUUUUUUGUAAUACAAAUGUGAUUCAAACAUAUAAUUACUGAUAUCCAAUCAUCUUAAUCUUUUGCAUGAAUAUUUUAUUCAACGAGUCUUAAAAAGUGAAUGAUUUAGAUUACUGAAGUGGAUUCCAAAACGGACCUACUAAACCCAAAUGCUCUCUCAAAUUGAGAUAGCAUUGAUAAGUCUUAUCAAAAUAACACAUGUAAUGUUUUAGCUUUUCGAUGAGUUAAUAUCUUUGUCUCUUUUUCCAUGAACCUUCUAGUUUGACUUAUUUAGUUUUUGGCUGAUAACAAGCUAAGUUGAUUAUUUAUUUCUUGUUAAAAUAUUUCAGCAGUAUCUCAUUGAAUUUUUUGUGUUGUUCAUCCUAGUACAAAGCUUUGCAGUAAAUACGUAUUUUUUUUUUCCUCAACCCAAUUCUACUUCAAAUAAUUUGACAACCCAAUUUGAGGUUGACUGAGGGCUGUGAAAUUCAAUGUAUAAAGAGAGAAAUACAGAGAGAAUAAAUUGUAUGAAUUCAAUUGAUUGAUUAUUCAGUGAUUUACAACACUCUCAUUUAUAGAGAGGAAGGGUGGUACACAUAGGAUACUAACUAACUAACACCGAAAGCAGAAACAUUAUCAUUAGUGGGACAGUUGGACAACUAGAUAUUGCACACUAAUAUUACACUAGAUAUUGCACACUAAUAUUACACUAACAACCCCCCUCAAACUCAAGGA